GCGCGUCCAAGAGGGGAGGCCUGGUGUGGGGACGCUCAGGUGCUGGCGUGGGGCCCCCUCGAAGGCUGUGAAUCUUUUGGACCCCCGAAUGUAAAUGGGGGAUGGUAGGGGCCGCUCCGGGGGCGAGAGAUGUCUGGCUGGGGAAAGUUGACCCAAACCAGGUCCCGUACAGGAACGGAGACUCCCUAGGACCGUGAGAGCCAGCUUCGUAAUUCCCUUGCUCUUCAAACCUGAGAGUAGGGUGUUGCUCCGUUACCUUUCAUUCGUGUGCAGGAAAGAGUUAAGUAAAUGAAUAAAGAAGGUAUCAGCAAGUGAGAAAUGCCCCCCCCAAGACCGGAUGAGGUGACAGAAGAUGGGGGGAGGGCCCCUCGAAGUCGGAGAGUACCCAGAGAAGGAGAAGUCAGCAAAGGAGACGACACAGACAAGACCUCAGAGAUCAAAGGAGGAGGCCCCUUAAUAUCCUGGGAUAAUGGGACCCAUCUCCGUAAUCACUGUCAGUGCUUUUGGACUUGUGCUCAGAUGACAACGGCAACACGACAAGAAGUCCUUGGCCUCUACCGCAGCAUUUUCAGGCUUGCGAGGAAAUGGCAGGCGACAUCAGGGCAGAUGGAAGACACCAUCAAAGAAAAACAGUACAUACUAAAUGAAGCCAGAACGCUGUUCCGGAAAAACAAAAAUCUCACGGACACAGACCUAAUUAAACAGUGUAUAGAUGAAUGCACAGCCAGGAUUGAAAUUGGACUGCAUUACAAGAUUCCUUACCCCAGGCCAAUUCAUCUGCCUCCAAUGGGCCUUACCCCACUCCAAGGCCGGGGACUUCGAAGCCAAGAGAAACUGAGGAAACUUUCCAAACCAGUAUAUCUCAGAUCUCAUGAUGAAGUUUCCUAAUCUAGAGGAAAGUUUAUUUCUGCAAAUGAUGAGCCAACUAGUUCUUGAAUGUAAACCAGAUGGCAAAACACUUCUUGAUUAGGGGCAAAAAUUCAAAUGUCUUCUUAAAACCUCCACAAUUGAUUCUCACCCUGUGAUGUGCACUUAGAUAUCCCUAGAGUUUCUCAGUGUCUUUCUUCCUGAGUGGAUGGCAUUAUCCCUAGAGGUCAUGGACCUUACAUCCUCACUGCAGUCACCUUUGGAAACAAGACUGAGGCCUGUAGAAGGAAAGUGGAAGGGUGCAAGAGCUGUUCAUGGGAAUUCCAUUCACCACACACGCCAGCUGACGGAAAGAAAUUUGCCAGUCACUGGAAGUUACUGUGGCUACUAUAAAACUAUGUACCACUCUCAGAAUAUUCUUAGGCUUUUUUUUUUUCAAGUUAUAGAUUUGCUUAAAAGUGAGAUUUUUUUGUGUGUGCUUUUUUGUUGUCUUUUGACCCUUCCAGUUUCCAGAUAAACUUGUAUUAAAAAGUGCAUCAUUGGAUUGACCAUGGUUUUUCAUGGAAAUUUUAUGCGAUUUCUGCCUUAACUAAAUGCAUAUAUUCCUUAUCUUAAAGCCUGUGGUUACUUAGGAUGCACUUAUAGGAUCUGAAAAGCUCACCUUAAACUCAUACUGCAUUCAUUAUGAGUAUUUUACGUUAACAUAAUUGAAAAGUACAAGGUCCAAGCUGGCUUUCAAAUUAUGUCUAAACAGAAAUGGGACAAAUAGACUUGAAAAUAGAAGGGAUUUAUUCCACCCCUGCAAGGGUAGAGUCAGGCGAGAGUCCCUUGGUGAAUCAUUUGUACAUCAGUGUCAUUUCUUCUUAACCUCUGAAGAAGAUGGGCAUCAGAAAUAAAGAGAAAGCACUAUCAA